AAAAAAGGGUCCAUUGUCGUGUGUAUAAGAGACACGUCCCGCUGCUCAUUAAUCCAUUAAAUGUGCCAUUCAAGACUGCAACUUUCUUCAGCAUUAACUCGUAACUAAAGUCAAGUCCAAGCCCCACGUCGUUAAUCAGACCCAGCUAAUUUAGGAUAAAGCUACAGUAGUUUAUUGUAGCAUGGUCCAAAAGAAAUUAAGUUAAUUAAGGCCCUUACGGCUCUAACUGCAUUUAUUUUUUAGAGGCAAUACAUCUGGUGAAACGGAAUGUCUCCAGCUUUGACCUAUCUAUUUGUUAGCAUUAGCUAAGAGCUGACAGCUUUUUCUCACAAUACUGACAGAGCAGUAAACCUAAAACUGAAUAUCCUCCCAAAACAGCUUUAUCUCUUAUUCACAUAUCAUUCUGAAAUACGGUUAUAUUGUUGUAACCUUAGAUAAGUAUGUCCGCACGGCAAAGUGUACUCAAAAAACGCGAUCUACAAGCUAAUCUACAGCUAGCUACCAGUGUUUACCUAAGCUAAUUACAGAGCUAACCUAUGUAGCUAAGCGAACUAGCUGAAUUACCGUUAUGUUAAUAAAGAUGCAAAAUUGGCUACGUGAAUUGUGUGUCAACAUACACUCUCAUUCGCAGUGUCAAGAAGCUAUCGCGUAACGAUAUCGUCGCUCCAGCUCCAGUCUACUCUUGGUGGAUGUUUACAUUAGCCAAGCCGCUAGCUUCGUCCCUCGGCCAUUUUGUCUGUCAGUUGUUUCUCCUUCUCGAUGUUUCUUUUUGGUACGUUCCAAAUCAGGUCACAUGUAGUGUCGCCCUCUAGCGUUACCACAUAGCAAUAGACAACGUUAUUACCCAGAUUGUCAAUACAAUGGCAUUAUUUUGCUACAAAUAAUGACAUGCACCUUUCAAAACAAAUGUAUAUGCAUUAAAAAAAACAUCAUCAAAAAAACAACCCUUUUCAAAAGCACCGUUUUAGAUCCCAAUUUCAUUAAACUGACUCCCUAAAUGUGUUGCAAGGCUCGUCUACAGGGUGAAGUAACCAAACUGUAAAUUAUAAGAGCUGAAGUUUGUCAUGGUGAAGUGUGCUACUGUAAAACUUGGCCAGAGGGUGGUGUCCAAGUCUCCUGUUCUAUGUCCUACAUGCAAAGGUUUUAUUUAAUACAAAUCAUUUUUUUAGCACAGGGAUUAUAUAGGAUAAUGAAGAAUCACAACAAAUUAAGCUAUAACACAAGUGAAAACAAGCUAUACUACAAAAGCUAUAACGCUAUAAUAUAACAUCAUCUACUGAAAAUCAGGAGACAAAAGAUAAAUAAAUAAAUAAAAUAAAAACAAGCCACAAAAAAAGAUAACCAAUCGGGUAAACAAAAUAUAUGAAAAAGGUUUGAUCAUCAAACGUGUUAAGCUGUGUGUCUGGCAAAUUUACUUUUUCACGUGAAAACGAGGCCAACGUGAGCAAUGCAACGUCAGCGUCUGGAUCAUCAUCGUGGCUGCGCCUGACUCCUGGUCCUGACGCACAGGCAACGGGAAGAUGCUUACAUCAUCCUGGAUUCUAUUUUUAAAUACGAUUACGUCAUCAUUUCUGUCACAUAGAUGAUGCAUUUUUACUUUGUUGUUUAUUCUGUACACACGACCUCUAUCGCACGUCUGUCCGUCCUGGGAGAGGGAUCCCCUCCUCAGCUGUUCUCCCUCAGGUUUCUUUCACCUUAGUAAUUGUGGAGUUUCUUUUAGGGAGCUUUUCCUUGUGCGAGGGUCUAAGGACAGAGGGUGUCGUAUUCUGUACUGUCUGUAAAGCCCACUGAUAUUGGGCUGUAUAAAUAGAUUAGAUUUGAAUGCAAAAAGUGACAAAUCCGCUGGAGAGAUGGAGAUAAAUGGAAGACGAGGCCACUACUUGAGUCAUGUAAUAGACCUUUUUCUUCAGCAGGCACUGGUCAUACAAGAAAAUUACAGUUACUCAUAAAAUGUUGUGUUCAAGUGUCCUUGUAGGUCGUGACAGUGAACCAUCUAAGCUAUAAAACCACACCCCUGAAACGGCUAAAUGGAAUUCAACCAGCUGUGCUUUUCCUAAGGUCUAUUCUAAGCAGAGUGUGAGCCUCGUGUGAAAAGAGGCUCCUGGAUAAUCUUCUUGAUGGGGAGAAAUACUCAGCAGCAGCGGAAGAAUGACACAAGUAUUAGCUUAAAAUAGCCCCUUUCAUAUGGUUAUAUUAUCAAGCAUACUGCUUCAUUAACUUGUAAAGAUUCAUUUAAUGUUGUAGCUGGUCGAGGUGGAAGUAUUUCUAAAUAGACUUACUUAAUGUACUAAUUGCAUAGUUUAAUCUGUCUUUUUUGCACCCCCUCCUCACCCUGUUUCACAUGUGAACACACAAGCCAGAUGUUUCCUUUUGUUACAGUGUAACUAACCAUUACUUUCAUGGCAUUUUAUACGAUUCUACUUUAGACCUUCAGAAACCUUUCGAUUCAUUGGUCUUUUCACAGGAUUUGUUGACAAUAAAAAGAAAUACUGCUCAGCGAGGAGCAGAACUGAUCAUCCACAUACUGCUGAUGCAUUGUGGACCGAGAAAAAGAAGAAUGAAGAUGCUCAUUAUUCCAUAUCAUGCAAGGUUAGAAGCAUGUCUGCAGCCAAAUGUAAAAAAUAGGUAUAGUUUAUUGCAGAAAAAUUCAAGUAAGCUGGCUCUUGUCCCUACACAAGGUUCAUUCAUAAAUGCCUUGAUGCCUUGACUUUGCCCCAUUCAGGCUAAUCUUUAGCUAAAUGAUUCACGUGGUUUUAUAUGUUGGCACAUCACCAACAUGUUUAAUACACAUUUUUAGAUCUGGAUACAUUUCCUUUGACAUAACAGGCAUUAUACAUGUUUAAAAUUUACUUUGACAAGAAUUUUAUUUUUGUGUGUGUAAAUAAACACUUAAAGGUGCAAUUGAUAACAUUGUUACCACACUCUCUCCUACUUGUGAUUUUAGUAAAUGUGAUAUUUUUAAACCUUUUUAGCUUCAGAGUGGGGAGAGUAGAGCGAUGUUUGAUCAGUUAAAUCCACUUACACUGUGCACUGGGAAUGAUGCAAUACACAAUUAUAUUUUUAACUGUUGUUUUAAUUGAUCUAACUGCCAUGUGACAUCUCGCAUAUUUGAUCAUGAUUGUGCCACAAAUAAAACUUUCUGGCUGUAUAGCCAAUACAUAUAUCCUGUUCUAUGACACAUUGUAUCUGUUUGAUAUUGACAGGAACAUUUAACCCAUCUUUAAAUUAUAUGUUUUUAAAUGCUGGUAAAUACUCACACCCUAUAAAAAAACUUCAUAAACUGCAGCUGCAUACAUGCUGAACUAUCCUGUGGUCUGGUUUAUGUUGGGCAAAUUAAAAAAGCAAAAACUCUAACACCUCUUCAAUUAUCUAGGUUGCUCAGCGUAAAGCCGGAAACGUCGUAAAUGUACUGAACCAGUUUUACCCGCGCGCACCUCCCUGCACACAGGCUGUUGGAUACUGGGGAUCUUUCACGUUUAACUUGCACAUUUCAGUUUAUUCAAUUGUGUGAUACGAAAUUUGAGGAAUGGCAGAUAAGGAGCUUGCCAGGGUGAGAAGUAAGUUUGUCGAAAAGGUGUCCAAUGAACUGAUUAAGCAGCUCCUGGACGACCUUCUUGAAGAUCGUGUCCUGAACGAUGGCCAGAAAGACUCAGUACUUGAGGAGAACAAUAGCAGAGCAAACAAAGCACGCGCGCUCAUUGACACGGUGAAGAUGAAGGGAGACUUAGCCAGCAGGAAAAUGAUCGAUCACCUUCAAGACCGAGAUGCUGAACUUCACUUUGAACUGGGACUGUCCUCUGGUCAACCUGCUCAGCCGGCUGCCGAUCCACAGAUGAAGAAGGAAGGAGCAACCAGCGAGGCCUCCUGGGAGGAGAAAAUGAAGGCUGGAGAUGUUUACCCUGUGUCCCAAAAGUCCAUUAGGUAUCGUGUGGCCCUGCUAAUCACUAAUAUUAAGUUUACUAAUGAGAACAUGAACAGAGAUGGAGCUGAGAAGGACGAGGAGAACAUGGACAAACUGCUCAACGAUCUGGGAUACGAGGUGGUGAAACACCGAAACCUCACAGGGCAGGCAAUUAAUGAUGCUGUAAUUGAGUUCUCAAAACAUAGGAAACUCAAAGAGACGGACAGUGUGAUGGUGGUCAUCAUGUCUCACGGGAAACUGGGAGCUGUCCUCGGUGUCGACUGGAAAAACAAUAUAUCUGGUGAUGAGAAACCAGAUGAGUUCCUCAUUGACAACAUUUACAUGCACUUGAACCCAGAGAAAUGUCCCGCGCUGCAGAACAAACCCAAGAUCAUCAUCAUCCAGGGCUGCAGAGGAGAGAAGGGAGGAUCAGUGUUCGUUAGAGAUGCUUUGUUCUGUGAUGAUGCGUCUGCUGCUGAAGAAAACUUCGAGGAGGAUACUAUGCGAGCUGUAAACAAAGAAAAAGACUUCAUUUCUCUUCUUUCCUGCACCCCUGAUACUGUCUCAUACAGACAAAGAGAUCUUGGGUCUUUACUCAUCCAGUAUUUAGUUGAGGUAUUGAAGAUCGACGCUCAAAAGGAUGACAUUGAAGAACUUUUCAGAAAAGUCAUGAAGCGCUUUGAAGAUUUUGCCAUGAACACCAGAAGACAGAUGGCGACCAAAGACAGAGUCACUCUGACAAAGCGCUUCUACUUCUUUCCAGGACUCUGAGGCAGGAUCCAUUGCUGAUUCACGGCUGUGCCUUGUAGCCACAUUAUAUUCUUGUAAUGUCUUUGAUGUGCUACUUGGUGAAUAGAUCAAUUGUUAUGGAUGAAUUACUAUAAUAUGGAUUUAGUGAAUAAUUAAUCUCACUAGAAGCUUAUGUUGAUCCUUAAAGUGCUAUAUUGACAUUGUAAUAACUUUUGUUCUGCUUUGUAUUAAUCUUAAGUUUAAAAUCAGAAAUUAAAAUCAUGUAUGACACUUCCA